UGAGACGUCUCAGGUGGUUACGAACGAGGCCAUCUCGCAUCUCGCGUAUCCUCCGUAUCCUUCAUUCACUAUAGAUUUGCUUGUUUAGUUUAAAAUUAAAGUUUAUCAAUCAAUCGGAAUGUAAUGGCCAGACUCUGCCGUAUUUGUGCGGCCACAUUUGAAGCCGAAUAUUGCCUGAUAUCGGUGUUUAACAGAACGGAAAUGGGUGACACGAUCGCAGUCCUUCUAGCAAAAUAUUGUCGUUUGGAGAUAACAGAAAACGACCAGUUUCCUAAAGAAAUAUGCUCUUCCUGUUACAAUGAACUACUUACAACCAUGACCUUUCAUCGUAAAUGUGCAAAUUCCGAACAAAAUCUUCUUAAAAUAAUGAAGGACAAUGACAAAGGACCGAUAGAGACAGAAAAAGCUGAACUUCCUAUCGAGUAUGUGGAUGUAGAGGAAAACCACGACUAUUCCAAUUCCACACCGAUCGUCGUGAGUCCAACAGAUGAGCUAUUAAAUGAAUGCUACACCAUGAUUGAAAUGAUGAGUUUUCGGUGCUGCAUAUGCAGAGAAAUUUUCUACAGCCCGGAGGACCAUCGCGAUCAUGUCGAGCAAAUUCACAAAAUAACUUUUCCAUGCGAGACCGGUCCAUUUGACCAGCAUUUCAUGUGCUUCAUAUGUUCAAAAUCUUUCGACAAUUUGGAACAGUUGAAAGCUCAUCAGGGGAAAGGUUUUGUAGAACUGUUUCAAUGCAACAAUUGUGAGGACAUUUACGAAGCAGUUGAACACGUUUUGCAGCAUUUCGAGAAUGAUCAUUGCAAAACGGAAGAAGAGCCACAAAUGAAAGAAACAGAGGAAUCUCAUACAAGCACGAACGACCUAUCAGAUUUAUCAGACGAAAUAAUUAAAUCAGCAAAACAACCGAAAGACCGGUAUUGUUGUUUUACUCAUUGUCAUGAUGUGUUCCAAACCGAGAAGCAUUUGAUAAUUCAUGCAUUGAACAAACAUGCCCAGAAGCUAAAAUACAAUCAAGAACGCCACGAUGCUUCAAACAAACCUCAUGUCUGUAAUAUUUGCUUCCGUUCAUUUGGCUCUUUGAAGAAUUUGAAAGUACAUCAAUUUGUUCGUGCUAAUAAUGUGGAUGGAAAGCAUUUUUCGUGCAUUCACUGUCCCUUUCGUACGGUCAGUCGUAGUCUGUUGACGGUUCAUGAUCGCUCUAAGCAUAGCGGGGAAAGACCUUUUGAAUGCAAUCAUUGUGAAAAACGAUUUUUCAGCGAAAUGCACCUUAAAAAUCAUCUGGUAUGCCAUUCAGAGGAUAGACCAUUCUUGUGUACAUUUUGUGAAAAAAGCUUCAGCAGGAAGCGUAACAUGGAAGAACAUAUUCGUUCCUGCCAUUCCGAAGAAAAACCUUUCAAAUGUGAUGUAUGUCCGGCUAGGUUCAAAGUCUCCCAGCAUCUACGCAUUCAUGCCAGGAUACACUCCGGAGAGAAGCCUUACAAAUGUUCGUACUGUGAUAAUAGCUAUUAUCAUAUAUCCGAUCGAAAACGACACGAAAUGUCGCACACCGGGGAAAAACCAUAUAAGUGCAGCCUCUGUCAGGCAGCAUUUACCAGAAAACGAACCUUAACGAUACAUGAGCGAACGCAUUCCGGUAAGCGACCGUACUGUUGUAUCGUCUGCGGAAAGAGCUUCUGCCAAAAUGCAACGCUCAAGAAACACAUGGAACGGCACGUAGAAGGUGAGAUUGCAGCGGCGUCCCGUACAUCGGAUGAUACUGAUGUGCUCUACAGCGUCGAAAUGGCAGAGUAGGUCGUUUAAUAAAAGUUAAUAAAUUGAGAA